AUUCAUCAAACGCCUUCGAACUGUAUAAAAGACCCACAACCGUACGUAGUUGACCCGAAACAACAACGACCAUGAAGUUGGCCUUGAUUACCCGACCAUUGGUAGAUUGAACGGGCGAAGAAUGUAUGAGCGAAGAAGAUGAUCCGCCAUUGUUGCGAGCAUGGAUGGAGACGAAGAGGUUCAUUUGGUUAAACUCCGCUGUGGAAGAAAUUUGCGUACAUGACGAUGACUUUUCUGGGGAGCAGCGUACGCUGUACAGUAUUUAAUAUUAUUAUUUUGGGAAAGUCCAACUUUUAAGGCCAAAUUAUUUGCUGUUCAACCCCUUAAGCCUUCCAUCUGAGACGCUGCGUCGUCCCUACUCCAAACCCUAACCCCUCCUGAGGCUCCUCAAAUCUCCUCACUUGUUGCAUCUACAGAUACACGCCUGCUUGGAAGGCUCAUAGCAAUGGCGAAGAAGCGAAAGCUCGAGAACAAAUCCUCAGAGCCAACAGAAACUCCCCAAAGGCAGCGGCGGCGGCGCCAACAACAGUCACAGGCGCAGCCGCAGCAAGAAGAGAAACAAAACACAUACAUAGAAGAGGAAGAGGAAGAGGAAGAGGAAUUUGAAGAUUAUGGCGUGGAAGAAGCAGAAGCAGAAGAGUACGAAGAAGGAGAAGGAGAAGAGUACGAAGAAGAAGAGUACGAAGAAGAAGAAGGAGAAGAAGAAGAAGACGAUGAAGAAGAAGAAAAGGAGGUAGCGAAUACCAAUAAUCCAACGUUUUUAGUCUCUUCAUCAUCAGCCUCAGAUGCUGCAAAUCGAGAUGAUGGUGACGCGGAUGAGCCCAUCCAGAAGGUUCUAGAACCACUCAGUAAAGAUCAGCUCGUGAAUCUCCUCCGCGAAGCUGCUGAGAAGCAUGCCGAUGUAGCCGAUCGCGUGCGCAAGGCGGCCGAUGAGGAUCCCGUCCACCGCAAGAUUUUCGUGCAUGGUCUAAGCUGGGACACCACUGCCGAGAUCCUCAUCAGCGCGUUCAGGCAGUACGGUGAGAUUGAGGACUGCAGGGCCGUGUGCGACAAGAUCUCCGGCAAAUCCAAGGGCUACGGAUUCAUCCUCUUCAAGACUCGCAAAGGGGCCCGCGAGGCACUCAAGCAGCCCCAGAAGAAGAUCGGCAGUCGAAUGACUGCGUGUCAAUUGGCGUCAAUUGGUCCCGUGCUGGCUACAGCCGCUGCUCCUGUGGUGCAGGCUCAGCCGGUGUCAGAAUUUACGCAGAGGAAGAUAUAUGUGAGCAAUGUGUCGUCGGAUUUGGAUCCCCAGAAGUUGUUGACCUUCUUUUCCAAGUAUGGCGAGAUUGAGGAGGGUCCGCUGGGGCUUGAUAGGCAGACCGGGAGACCGAAGGGGUUUUGCCUAUUUGUGUACAAGAUGAUAGAGAGCGCAAAGAAAGCUUUGGAAGAGCCUCACAAGAACUUUGAAGGGCACGUUUUGCAUUGUCAAAAGGCUAUUGAUGGUCCUAAGCCGGGCAAGUCUCAGCAUCCUCAACAUAAUAACGCCCAAAAAAAUCCCCCGUUUCAAAGGAUUGAAAACCCUAAUUUCAUUGGUUCAGCAACUACUGGACCAGUGGCUGGACCAGGCCACUUGAUGGCACCCUCAGCCCCGGGGAUUGGUUUGAACCCAGCAGCGGCACAAGCCUUGAACCCGGCAGCGCUUGGUCAGGCGCUGACAGCUUUGCUUGCAACUCAGGGAACUGGGUUAGGGCUCCCGCACCUGCUUAGCACGCUAGGUUCAGCAGGGGUGGGCCAGGGUGUCCCUGGUGCAGGCCAUGGAAUGCAAGUGGGGUAUGGAAACCAUGGUGCGGGUAGUAGUAUCGGAGGGUAUGUAAGUCAAGGUGUGGGUGGGUAUCCCAAUCAACAGAUGGGACAGGGAGGUUCUAGUAGGUCGCAGCAUGAUGUUGGGUAUAUGAGUGGCGUUGCACAGUACAUGGGUCAGUAGUAGAGAUACAAUAAGUGCAUCAGUCUUUUAGUUCUGGCCUGAUGAAUCUUCUGAAGUUUAAGGAGCUGAUGCAAAUAACAUCUUUAUAUUUAUGAUGAAAUGUUUUGUGUUUACAAAUGUCAGUAUUGUAGUACUGUGAAAGGUUACUAGUUUUGUUGCUUUUUUCCUCCACAUUUUUUUCCCAAAAUAAAGUAUUUUGAGUUCCAAUAUUUGGUUUAAAAGCUUUGGAAACAGCUAAGUAAUUUCAAGUAUGAACCUUGUGUGCUUUGGAGGGUGAAUGUGAUUGAAACACAUUACUUAUUUAUUAUUCUUUUUUGAAUUGCCAAA